AUGUCUUCAAUCGCGCUGACGGGAGCUCUUCUGGCUGGCCUGACCCAGUUGGCCACGGCACAAUCAGCGGUUUCGAGAACAUGUCCAUCGUCCUCAGGAAUAUGCUACUCGCUCAACAUCCCAGAGCAGACCGCACAAUCAGGGAACGGCAGCAUAUUCUUCCAGAUCUCGGGACCAAGCACUCAUGAGUGGAUCAGUCUGGGUCAGGGAAAUGGCAUGGCUGGAGCCAACAUCUUUGUCGCAUACCUCUCCGCCGAUGGCACAAACGUCACCGUCUCGCCGAGACUGGGCGUCGGCCAUGUUGAGCCUGCGCACGAAGAUGGUCAAGGUGGUCAAAUCACACUUCUUGAAGGCUCAGGUGUUGCUGAUGGUGUGAUGACUGCCAACGUCGAAUGCACAAACUGCAAUAGCUGGACUGGUGGGUCGACGAACUUUGCGAGCAACAACGCAAUGUGGAUCUUUGCCUCGAAGUCGGGCACGCCAAUCCAGUCUGAUGACCUGAACGCGGACAUCAGCUUCCACGACGAUUACGGUGUGUUCAACUGGGACAUGUCCAUGGCUCAAGGAGGAAAUGCAGGGGUCAACCCGUUCGUGACCAGCGCUGUUAAUACUCCCGCAACGACAACAACCAACACUACAACCACAAUGGCUUCUGGAGGCGUUCCUGAUUCGUACAUCAUUGCCCACGCUGCGCUUGCCUGCCUGGCUGUAGCUUUCGUACUUCCCAUCGGCGGCAUCCUCAUUCGUGUCGCCAACUUCCCAAGCGCAAUGUGGGUCCAUACCGGCAUUCAAUAUCUGGGCCUCGCCAUGUUCAUCGUAGCCUUUGGACUCGGAGCAUACUACGCCUCGCAAGAGGGUUACUGGAGCAACCAUCACCCCAUCCUCGGCACGGUCGUGUUCGCACUCAUGCUCACUCAGCCGCUCUGGGGUAUCAUCCACCACAGAAUGUACAAGAAAGUACAGGGCAGGACAAUCUCCUCCUAUUUCCAUCUGACUGUUGGGCGCCUCGUCAUCUUCCUCGGCAUUAUCAACGGCGGACUUGGGCUGAAACUUGGAGGCCUGGGCACGGGUGCGAAAGCUGGAUACGGCGCAGGCGCGGGCAUCAUGGGCCUGCUAUACGUCCUUGCCAUCUUGUACGGCGAGAACAAGAGGAGCAAGACUCGCAAGCUCCGAAGUGAUUCUGGAGACAGCUACCAGAAGGGUGGGAAACGUGAGGAUGAGAUGAAAGAGCACAAUUAG